CUUCCCAACAACAACAACAGCAGCAGCAGCAGCAACAGCAACAACAGCAGCAGCAGCAACAACAACAGCAACAACAACAACCACAACAACCACCACAACAACCACAACAGACUCCACAACCCCAGCCACAACAAUCUCCAGCUAAUCAUCAACAGGUUAUUCAUCAACAACCUCAUCAACAGGCGCAAUUUAAUCGUGUAGUAAUUGACGGUAGCCAAAAUGGCGAUAUGUCAAGUCCUCAAAGAACAAACAUGAAAGUACCACAAACAGUGGCGACAGCAGGAUUACAGCGACGCAUAAAUAUGCCACAAACUAUGCAGCGCAUGAAUUUCCAGCAAAAUCAUACACUUCAAGCUUUAGCAGCUCAAGCCCAGACACAAAAUCCUCAGCAAAUUCAAAAUCAAGUGCAACAACAACAGAAUCCUGGAAUUAAUCAAGGACAGGUUCAACAACAAGCUUCUCAGAUUCAUAUGACUCCAAAUCAAGGGCAAGCACAAUUAAAUCCUGGAACGAAGCGUGGUGUUGAAGGUCAAGCUAUUAAUCAAAAUAUAAAUCAGCAGUCCACAUCGCCAGCUAAGCGACAGAGACUAGAAAAUUCCCCAUAUGUUCCCCAAAGACAGCAACUACCCAAUCAACAAGGACAAAUUACGAUUAACCAAAAUAUGCCAAAUAAUAUGAUUCUAACUACGCCAUUUGAAACGUCAGCUUCUCCUGAUUUGUCUGCCAAGCGUCAAGCUCAGCUCACCAAUGGGAAACCAAAAGGCAAUAACCAACAAUUGCAACUUGGUCGAAGUUCGCAACAACAGCAGCAACAGCAGGUGGCGUCAAUGAAUAAAACUAUUUCACACGUUAAUCACCAAAUGAACCCUAUGGGCCAAAAUCAAAUUCGCAGCGAAUCUGAACUUGCGAAUCAGAUAACUUCUGCAAUUAAUUCUGCUAAUGUAGCUAAUGAAACCCUUAAUAAUAACUUUCUCAAUAUGCAAGGCUUAAAUAAUCAAGUUAUGCAACAAGCACAACAACGUAGUUACAUGAUUCCACCAAACGUGAUACAUAGAAAUAAAUUAAAUCAAAACAUGCUCCUCGAGCAGAAACAACGUGAACAGCUUGGUAUUCGCCAACCUGGAUUUCUAUAUUUACAACAGCAGCAAUUUCAACAUCCAGUCGUACCACAGCAAAUUGGGGGGGUGCCCGUAGCAGUUCAACACCAGCAACGUGUAAAAAAUGAUCCAAAAAACUCUACUAAAACACCACCAACACAGAGUCAGCCACAAGCUCCAAGUGUUAACCAAUCAAAUGCAAUUGCUACUCCGCAACAACAACCGAUAGUUACAAGCGGGGUGCAGACCCAAUCACAGCAGUCCGCCCAGACAACGGCGACAACAGACAUAACGGACAAGUUACAAGAUACACAAUCAUCAUCUCUAAAUAUGAGCGUGGAAGAAGCGAUAAAUUUCUCGGUGAAUUAUGACUUGACACCAAGUUUUGGCAUUGGCGAUAUAAACGAUAUCGUUAACUUUGAUGAUUUCGUUAAUUUUGAUGAGCUUGGGUCUAGCAGUAACGCUGAGCCAAGCGCCUCAUCGGAUAACGCUAACUAAAAUUUGCCUUUGGUCGAAAAAAAAAACAAUUCGAUUUUCCUUCCCUCACUCUUGUAGUAUAUAGUUUUCUCCGGUGUGUCUAUUUUUGGCGGGAAAAAAUCAAUGACGAACUAUAAUGUAACUAGAUUAUAUUUAGUUAAAAAAAGACAGAAAAUAUAUAAUAUUUUUACAGUAUUUACAUAAGAAUGUAUGCUUCAUUAUAUUAUUAUAUUUCAAUUAUUUCAGACACGUAUGUGUAUAUUAUUUUAUGGGUAUCCACCUUUUCUCCCAUUUAGUAAAAGUAGUAUAUUAUAUAUUAGUAAUGAUAAAACGUAUCAAAUUCUUUUAAUGGGUUUUUUUCUUUUUAAUACUUAUUCUGUAUUACACCUUUAAAACUUUUCCUAUUAAAUUAUAAAUUAAGC